GCGGCGGGGCGGCGAGAUGGCGGCGUCCUUGGGGCGCUCGGCGGCCGGGCUUCUUACCAGAUUGCAGACUUCAGCUCCCACAAUACGAACGCUAUCAUCAUCGAAUUCCUUUUCUCAAAACAUUCCAAGCUGUUUGUGGAAACUGGGCCGACUUAAUCAUGUAGCAAUUGCAGUACCCGAUUUGGAAAAAGCUCAAUCCUUGUAUAAAGAUGUGUUAGGAGCACAGGUGAGCGAGACUGUUGCUCUUCCUGAACAUGGUGUCUACACUGUUUUUGUGGAGCUGGGAAAUACAAAGCUGGAACUUCUACAUCCUUUAGGAGAGAAAAGUCCCAUUGCAAGCUUUCUGCAAAAAAACAAGACUGGAGGAAUGCACCAUAUCUGCAUUGAGGUUGAUGACAUAAAAGCGGCUAUGACAGAACUGAAGGAAAAAAAGAUACGAAUAUUGAGUGAAGAGCCAAAAAUAGGUGCACAUGGCAAACCUGUGAUUUUUCUUCACCCUAAAGAUUGCCACGGAGUCCUUGUGGAACUUGAGCAAGCUUGAGCCGUAAUAUUUAUAAAUAAAACAAUAGAUUAGUUGUGAAGUUACUGAGCUGGUGCUGGGAAUAUUGAUGUGGUGUUCAGUCUUUACAAGUUCACUGUAGUUCCUGUGGAUUAAGUACAGCUUUUGAGUACUGAAAUAGUGCUACAGAUUUAGGGUCGGUUUCUUUUUUUGUUGUUGUUGAUCUGAUUUUCAGAAUUAAUAUGUUGACAUUUCUUGAAUUCUUUGUGAUUCUAAAGACAAAUACAUGAGCCAAGUUACAUAUGUAACAUAGUAAUUUAUAUUCUGUUGCCUCAUGUUUUCAGCAUGGUUUUACCUCUGUAACCAAAGAAACUGUACAGUUUCUAGGUCAUCCCACAUUAUUUUGUUCUACAUUUCAGAGCAGAGACCCACUUCUCAGUGACAACAAUAUAGCUUAGAUACUCCCUUUAGAAAUAAAGGAAAAAGGAACAUUGUAUUUUCUGUUUUCACCAUUCACCAUCUGUGCUUCACACUGAUUGAUUGGUUCAUGCAAUAAAAAAAUCCUUAUGCUAUUG